AUGAGUAGCGAAGAAACUUUGGAAGAAUUAAGAUUGAAGAUCAUGGAGUCUAUGGCCCAAAAGGGAGUACUUGGUAAGUUGCCAACAGAGGGGAAGGAGAAGAGUCCAUCCACUCAGCAAGAUAUGAGUAGAAAGAGGGAACGAGGUACUGUUGAAGAACCAGAUCGAAGAAAUCCAUACAUUAAUAGGGAACAUUCAUCGGGCACAAUGGAUCCAAGGAAUCCUAGAGACCAAUAUUCAAGAAGGCCCCAAAAUCCAAGAUAUGACAAUUCUAGGCAGAACUUAACAAGAAAUUAUGAACCUUCAAACACCUAUGAGAGGAGGAAUUACGAUCGUAAUUUCCAGUCUAAUACUCAGUCAAAUUAUUACGAGGAUCGUAAUCGUAGAUCAAAUGGAGGCAGAGAGAGAGAAAGAGUAAGAUAUACAAGAACUAACCAUACUCAGUCGAAGGAUUACAAUAAUAAAAGUAAAUGGAAUAAUAGACGGGUUCCACCUGGAUCAGACACCGAAAGUAGCUUUCCACAGAAGAAUUACAAUUUAAGUGCAUUAGAUUGUCCUAUUUAUCCAAAUAUUGUUAAAUCCAAGACUAGUUGUCAAUUGAUUAUAAAUAAUUUGAAAAAUAACGACGAUACCGAUGAUUCCAUUGGUCCUAAGAGAGUUCAGCUAAGAGAAUACCUGGAGUCAUUUGCCAAAUCAUUAGGUCCAAGCAACAAACUAAAAAGUUUUACAAUCAGUCCCUUGGAUGAAGACUAUGUGGUAGUAGAAUUUGACUCUGCAAAGACGACAACAUUGGCACUCAGCUGCCGUUCCUUUUUUAACAAGAAAAUUGGGCUGUUAAGGGCAGAAUGGUCUAGACCCAAUGAUUAUGUUGAACCUGUUGAUAAUUUGGAAAAAUUUUGUGGCGCCAACGUGAUUGCGUUGGAAGAGUUGGAUGGACUCCAGGUCAAGGAUGUUGAUGCGAAGGUUAAGUCCUUAAUAGAACCCCUACAUGUAUCGGAUUACACGGUACAGCCAUUAGUUUAUAAGGAAACACAUGAGGGAUCUGAAGAAACGACGAUCUUCACAGGGGUAGUCGUUCUUGUGUUUAACGAAAUGGUCCCAAUAGAAAGCCUGUCUGUGAAAUAUUUCAGACCAAACGUGGGAAAAUUAUCUCAAACGACAGCAUCAUUCACUUUCCAGCAGAUUUCCAAAUUGGUCACUGAGCAAAAGCAUCCAGAUUCCUCAGUAUUGGUACUACUGAACUGUGUAGAUCCCUUAGACUUGAAAAACCUUCAAUUUGCAGACGAAAUUGAAACAACAUUGAAAAAUACAAUUGAAAAUGUGGAAGAAGUCAAACUAGUUAGACCAGGGAUUGAUUACAGAUUAACCUUUGAUCAUCUCGAAGAUGGGGUAGGGAACGUCUACGCCAAAUUCAAAUCACCCGAGGUCGCCAAGGAGGCAAUGAGACAGUUAUCCGACUCCCAAUUUAAUGACAGGACACUACUAUGCGCGUUCAUCGACGAGGAGGAUUAUAAGAAGGUUGGUAUCUUGUAG